AUGGCGGAGCUUCUCUCGGUUCAGGUACAAAUUCCGAAAUACCUGGGACAUAUUCUGAGCUCGGGAGUGUCGGAUUGCGUGGAAAAUGGGAUCAAAGAGAAGACCUGCACCUCUUACCUGGCCAAGCACAAACCGGUCGACAUCAAAUUUAUCAACCUGAACUAUUUUGCUAAGAAUGGCCAUAGCGCCAAAGGAAAGAAAGCCAUCUUGAGGAACAUCUCUGGCAAAUUCAAGUCUGGGGACCUAACAGCCAUAAUGGGACCCUCUGGUGCUGGCAAGUCUUCGCUGAUGAACAUUCUGGCUGGGUACAGGACCAGAAAUGUGACAGGGUCUGUGCUGGUGCAGAAUUCUGAAAGAGACCUGAGGACAUUUCGUAAAAUGUCCUGCUACAUCAUGCAGGACGAUGAACUGCUGCCUCAUCUGACGGUGGAGGAGGCCAUGAUGUGUUCAGCAAACCUCAAGCUGGAUGAGAAGUUGCUGGUGCAUGAGAAGAGAGAGAUGGUCAGUGAAAUCCUAGAGACACUCAGCCUUAGUGAUGUUAAGAGGACCCGAACCUGCAAUCUGUCAGGUGGCCAGCGCAAGAGGUUAUCUAUUGCCCUAGAGUUGGUCAAUAACCCACCUGUCAUGUUUUUUGAUGAGCCAACCAGUGGUCUGGACAGUGUCUCAUGUUUCCAGUGUGUGUCGCUGCUGAAAAAGUUGGCCGAAGGUGGGAGAACAAUUAUCUGUACCAUACACCAGCCCAGUGCUAAACUGUUUGAGAUGUUUGAUCAUCUAUAUCUUCUGGUGGAUGGUCAGUGCAUUUACCGAGGCACUAUCAGGGCACUUCUGCCCUACUUUGAGAAGCAAGGAUUGAAGUGCCCAAACUACCACAAUCCUGCAGACUACGUGAUUGAGGUGGCUGCAGGUGACUAUGGAUAUGACAAAAUCCAGCACUUGAUCCAGGCACUAAACAAUGGCCAGUGUGAACCAUUUCAGGAAGAAUUCAACAGCCAGUAUCCAUCCAUGGGUUCCCAUUCAGAUCCUCAGCCAUCAUGCGAGAACAGCGUGUGUGUCACACAGUCUAGCAGAGAGACUCUUCAGAAUUCAGGACACAGUCCAGGGGCAGAUAACUCCAAUCGUUGCUGUAACAACAACAAGGCAACUGACAAUUCUGUCACACAGCCGCACAGGACAUGCUGCUUCCCAGACUGCAGAGCUCAAAGGAAUCUUCCAGUGGACCAGGAAUAUCACACUUUCAACACCAGCUGUGUCACACAGUUUCGCAUUUUGUUCAUACGAACUUUCAUGAACAUAGUUCGGGAUUCUAUGCUGACCCGCCUUCGUCUGGUGUCCCACCUAGGGGUCGGCAUCCUGAUUGGUUUGCUAUAUUUGGGCAUCGGUGAUGAGGCCAGCAAAGUGUACAACAAUGCAGGUUUUCUCUUCUUGAGCAUGUUAUUCUUGAUGUUCACAGCCCUCAUGCCCACAGUUCUCACAUUCCCUCUAGAGAUGACAGUGUUUGUGAGGGAGCACCUCAACUACUGGUACAGUCUCAAGGCUUACUACAUGGCCAAGAUGAUGGCAGACAUGCCCUUCCAGAUCAUCUUCUCCCUGGUCUACGGCAGCAUUGUCUACUGGAUGACAGCCCAGCCGACAGACUUUGUGAGGUUUGUAAUGUUUCUCACUUUGUCCACACAGACCUCGCUGGUUUCCCAAAGUCUGGGGCUCUUGAUUGGGUCAGCCACAUCUGUGCAGGUUGCUGUUUUCCUGGGACCAGUGUCAGCUAUUCCUGUACUUUUGUUCAGUGGCUACUUUGUGAACUUUGACACCAUCCCCACCUACCUGCAGUGGGUGUCCUAUAUUUCUUAUGUCAGGUAUGCCUUUGAGGGUACUUUACAAGCCAUCUACGGCCUUGACCGAGGAAACUUGCACUGUGAUGAGAACUUCUGUAUUUUCCAACAAGGAACCGAUGUUCUGGAAAAACUGGAUGUGGAAAAUGCCAAGUUUUACAUUGACUUUAUUGUUCUUUGUGCAUUUUUUGUGGUUCUUCGAGGUGCCUGUUAUUUAGUUCUGAGAUGGAGAGUAAAAUCACAGAGGUGA